AUGCCAGCAGAGUUGCAAAAUCGCCAAGAAACGCAUUUCGAUUACUCAGCGUCACGUGCCAGCCGCAAACAAGGCAAACAACCGCCAUCGCUCGAUAACAACCAAACAAACCUCAUGGCCUUUGCGGAGAUUCCGUUGAUCGACCUGUCGCUUGCUGCCGACCCGCUGACCCGCCCGCUUGUGCUGGCGCAGCUGCACCGUGCGUUGAUCUCUGUCGGCUUUCUCUACGUCUCGAACCAUGGCGUUCCCGACACCGUGGUGCGCGAGCUCGUGCAGGUGCUGCCGCGGCUGUUUGGCCUCGACCGCAUGGCCAAAGACGCGAUAGCGAUGCGCAAUUCGCCGCAUUUUCUGGGUUACUCUGGCGUUGGCGCGGAGACUACCGGUGGGCAGACAGACAGCCGGGAGCAGGUUGAGUUUGCGACGGAGUUGGCGGCGGUGGAUUCGCCGGCGGCGCCGUUGUAUGAGAAGCUGAGGGGCCCGAAUCAGGUAGUUAUUUGUUUGUGUCUCGUCGAUAACGUAGUGGCGUCGCUGACGAUGGAAAUUGCCUGUUUAUCAAAGUGGCCCUCGGAGCUCCCCAAUCUACGUCCGAUCGUCACAUCGUACAUCGACGAACUCACCGCACUCGGUGAGCGGUUCCUCAGACUUGUAGCGGACGCUCUUUCCCUUCCCUCCGAUGUCUUUUUGCCCUUUCUAUCAGAUCAACACCGUCUCAAGCUAGUUCACUAUCCAGGAUCUCAAAAGUCGCACUCUGGCAGUUCGUGCAUCCAAGGGGUUGGCCCACACAAAGAUUCCUCCGGAUGGUGGACGUUUUUGCUGCAAGCUUCACCGCCGGAUGUAAAAGGGCUACAGGUUUUGAAUAAGAAUGGCGACUGGAUUGAUGUUCCUGUAAUACCAGGAACCUUUGUCGUGAAUAUCGGCCAAGCGUUCGAAGUUGUCACCAAUGGAGUCUGCAAGGCCACAACGCAUCGUGUGCUGAUAUCUGGCGAGAAAGGCAGAUAUAGCGUUCCAUUUUUCCCGGGCGUCCGGCGCAGCUUAACAAAGAGUGAGGCCACUGAGACUCUGAAGCAGCACUUCAGUGGCGUGGUCGACGGCGGUGAAUCUGCUGAAGGCAGCGGGGUCGAUUCGGCCUUUCUCAAAGGCAAAUACGACACAUGGGGGGAGUCUCAGUUGAGGACAAAAAUUCGAAGCCAUAAGGAUGUUGGGAAGAGAUUCUAUGGCGAUGUUUUUGAUUUGUAUGUCGAUGAGAGUUGA